CCAAUGAUUAAUCGAAGAGUAACAAUUACAGGGAAAGUACAAGGUGUGAGUUUUCGUAAGGCAACAUUUGAAAUGGCUGUCCGUUUAGGCGUUUUCGGCUAUGUGAAAAAUGUUGAUCAGGACAAAGUGUUUGUAGAGGCAGAAGGGAAUGCCGAUGCGGUAUUCAAAUUGAUUGAUUUCUGUCAUCACGGGCCGGAAAAUGCGGAGGUAGAGCAUCGAAUGAAUUCUGCUACAAUUUUAGUUACUGGUGCUUGUGGACAAAUUGGGAGUGAGUUAGUGAUGGCGCUAAGAGCAAGAGGUGAUAAUGUGAUUGCUACAGACUUGAAAGUGCCUUCAGGAGAGCUGUUAGAGAGUGGAGAAUUUCAGCGAUUAGAUGUACUGAACAAAAAUAGUUUAGCUGCUUUGGUUUCAAAAUAUAAAGUAAACCAGAUUUAUCAUUUAGCAGCAUUGCUUUCAGCAACAGGUGAACAGAAUCCUGAAUUGGCGUGGCGUGUGAAUAUGAAAGGACUUCGUAAUAUCCUUGAUUGCUCUGUAGAAUUAGGCACAAAAGCAGGUGGAGGAACAACCGAUUAUGCCGUUGAGAUUUUCUUUGAGGCAUUAAAACACAAAAAGUACAAUUGUUUUCUUUCCGAAAACACAGUGUUGCCCAUGAUGUAUAUGCCUGAUGCAAUACGCGGAACUAUUGAACUUAUGGAUGCUCCUGAUAGUAAUUUAAGUAUACGAAGUGCAUAUAAUUUUUCAGCAUUUAGUUUUUCUCCGCAAGAUCUGGCGAAGUGUAUAACUGCUGAAAUUCCGGAUUUUUUGAUACAGUACACUCCCGAUUUUCGACAAGCCAUUGCAGAUAGCUGGCCGGCAAGUAUUGACGAUUCCUUCGCUCAAAAAGACUGGGCUUGGAAGCCUGCGUUUACACUCGAGGAAAUGACUAAGGACAUGCUGUCAAAUAUUGUGCUGAGAGAUGAAAUA